AUGGUUCACGCACAGAAAGACGCUGCUCCUCCUCCUCACACAGUCCAUGGUUCACGCACAGAAAGACGCUGCUCCUCCUCCUCACACAGUCCAUGGUUCACGCACAGAAAGACGCUGCUGCUCCUCCUCCUCACACAGUCCAUGGUUCACGCACAGAAAGACGCUGCUUCUCCUCCUCACACAGUCCAUGGUUCACGCACAGAAAGACGCUGCUCCUCCUCCUCACACCAGUCCAUGGUUGACGCACAGAAAGACGCUGCUCCUCCUCCUCCUCACACAGUCCAUGGUUCACGCACAGAAAUACGCUGCUGCUCCUCCUCCUCACACAGUCCAUGGUUGACGCACAGAAAGACGCUGCUGCUCCUCCUCCUCACACAGUCCAUAGUUCACGCACAGAGACGCUGCUGCUCCUCCUCCUCACACAGUCCAUGGUUCACGCACAGAGACGAUGCUGCUCCUCCUCCUCAUCACACACAGAGGUGUAACCAAUUACUGGGGAUUGACGCCUUUAUCCUGGAUUCUCCUGGGAGUGGGGAGCACAAACAGAGGAGCGGAAAGAGAGUGGGCGGCGGGUCUGGAGGAGAGGCUAUGGAGGAGGGGGCUCUGGAGGAAGGGGCUAUGGGAGGAGGAGGUGCUGGAGGGAGUAACUCCUCUGUCUCCUCCCUGUCUCCUCCAUCUGUCUCCUCCUUCUGUCUCCUCCCUCUUUCUCCUCCCUCUUUCUCCUCCCUCUGUCUCCUCCCUCUGUCUCCUCCAUCUGUCUCCUCCAUCUGUCUCCUCCCUCUUUCUCCUCCCUCUGUCUCCUUCCUCUGUCUCCUCCUUCUGUCUCCUCCCUCUGUCUCCUCCCUCUGUCUCCUCCAUCUGUCUCCUCCCUCUGUCUCCUCCCUUUGUCUCCACCCUCUGUCUCCUCCCUCUGUCUCAUCCCUCUGUCUCAUCCCUCUGUCUCCACCCUCUGUCUCCUCCCUCUGUCUCCUCCCUUUGUCUCCACCCUCUGUCUCCUCCCUCUGUGUCAUCCCUCUGUCUCAUCCCUCUGUCUCCACCCUCUGUCUCUUCCCUCUGUCUCCACCCUCUGUCUCCUCCCUCUGUCUCCACCCUCUGUCUCAUCCCUCUGUCUCCACCCUCUGUCUCAUCCCUCUGUCUCCUCCCUCUGUCUCAUCCCUCUGUCUCCUCCCUCUGUCUCCUCCCUCUGUCUCCUCCCUUUGUCUCCACCCUCUGUCUCCUCCCUCUGUGUCAUCCCUCUGUCUCAUCCCUCUGUCUCCACCCUCUGUCUCUUCCCUCUGUCUCCACCCUCUGUCUCCUCCCUCUGUCUCCACCCUCUGUCUCAUCCCUCUGUCUCCACCCUCUGUCUCAUCCCUCUGUCUCAUCCCUCUGUCUCAUCCCUCUGUCUCCACCCUCUGUCUCAUCCCUCUGUCUCCUUCCUCUGUCUCCUCCCCGUCUCCUCCCUCUGUCUCCUUCCUCUCCUCAGGAGCUCGUCUCUAA